AUGUUGCGGGAAGCUGUGGCGGUAGAUGGUGAUGCAAAUAGAUGGGAAACAAUAGCAGCAGCUCUUAACACUUGGGUGAAAGAGAAAAAGAAGACCAAAGAAGUGGUGGACCAUUUCGGUAUGCUCACAGCAAGAUGUGUAAAAGAGCGAUGUGAGCGCCUGGUAAAGAUGUUUAAAAAAGAGGAGCUAGACUCCAUAAAAUCCUCUGGUACAGCUGAAGAGUACGAUGAAAGAAAACAACUCCUGGGUGAAAUGGUAACCAUGGCUGAUGAGCGGGAAGCGGCUAAAGCGUUACAAGCCGUAACGGAUGCGCCAUCAAAGGAUGAAAAAGAAAAACAGUUGGAGGAAGCCGGAAAAGCGAUUCGGCAAGCUGCAACAGAGGGCAAAACCAAAGGUGCGAAAAGGAGAUCAACAACGUCUUUGACAGACUACCUCGCCGAAAAACUAGGCCAGGAUGCAGAGAUUAAAAAUGAGGAAACUAAGUUAAAGAAAGAGGAAUUGGAACUAAAGAAGGAGGAGCUGAAAUUGCAGGCAGCCAAGUUCGAAAUGGAACGAAAGGAACGGGAGCAAAGAUUGGAAAUGGAGAAAGAAGAAAAACAAGUAUAUAUGCAGAUGAUGCGUGACUGCCUGGCGAAAAAGUGA